CUGGUGAAAAUGCUGCCGUCGCAAGAAGCCUCCAAGAUCUACCAUGACAACUACAUGCGCAACUCGCGGGCCAUCGGGGUCCUGUGGGCUAUCUUCACCAUCUGCUUCGCCAUCAUCAACGUGGUGGUCUUCAUCCAGCCCUACUGGAUCGGCGACAGUGUCAACACGCCGCACGCCGGCUACUUCGGCUUGUUCCACUACUGCGUGGGCGAGGGCGACUCCAACCGGGAGUUCAAUUGUUACGGGACCUUCUCCGACUUCGCCUCCAUCCCUUCGGGCGCCUUCAAAGCCGCCUCGUUCUUCGUGCUCAUGUCCAUGGUGCUGAUCCUCGGCUGCAUCGCGUGCAUGGUGCUCUUCUUCUUCUGCAACACCGCUACUGUGUACAAGACGUGCGCGUGGAUGCAGCUGCUUUGCGCGGUGUGCCUGGUGCUGGGUUGCAUGAUCUUCCCCGACGGCUGGGACGCGGAGGUGAUCCGGGACAUGUGCGGGGAGGAGACGGGCAAGUACACGCUGGGCAACUGCUCGGUGCGCUGGGCGUACAUCCUGGCCAUCAUCGGCAUCCUGGACGCCCUCAUCCUCUCCUUCCUCGCCUUCGUCCUCGGCAACCGCCAGAGCGACUUCCUGCACGAGGAGAUCAAGAACGACAACAAAGAUUGGGUCACAAGCUCAAGGAUUUUGCCGUGUCGAGGACCAAUGAAGCCCACCUCGUGGCCCCAGAAGUGUGAGAGGGUCCACACUGAGUGUGGCUACCGCGUUGUGUACCGCGACCACCCUGAACUCGACUGCCGGCCCUACAGCUGGAUCUUUUGA